UUGUAAAACAGGUCUUUAUAGUUUAUAGUGUUUGUGUAAGUUCUGAUAUGAGUUCAAUGAGUUCUUCACAACAUGGUAAUUUAUUCAAUUUAGUUGAUCAAUCUGUCAGCUGGUUUAUUUUUAAUUCAAAGCUAGAUGUUACAAAACAAAGCAUACCAAUAGUUGAAGAACAGGAAAAUAAAAAUACACGAUUAGCAGGCACUUGAAUAUUUAGACAUUUGUUAGUAUAUAAGAUGAUGUAUAUUAGAAAUAAAUAUUGGGGUUGGUAAUAGGACCAAAGUCCGCAAUUCAUUUUGAAGAUAGACAAAUGACUACCAUCUAUAUCAAGAAUAAACCUAGAUACAGAUAAAUGAAGAUCUCAAGACUACAUAAAAAUAGAGAUUGCUUUGGGAUAUUAUAGAUGGCACUGUACUUGUCAACAAAAAAAUCUCAAAGAUAUGUAUUUGCCUUUAAUAAAUUAUGGUUGAUUUAUUUUACUAAAAAUAAUAAUAAUAAAUAAUCUAAAGAUAUUUAAAUAGUAACACUAUGUCUAAUCCAAAGAUUACAAAUUAUUAUGGAAUACAUGGGCUAAUCCAAAAACAUAAAUAAAUUUUAAUUUUAAGGAUAUUGGUUCAAUUGCAGUUAUGCAUGUGACUCUGGUUCAUUCCUUCUUUCACAUUUCACGUGUCUACUUCUCUUGUUUUAAUUAAUGUCAACGUUAAGUGUAUACUUUAUUUUCAUUUCAUUGUCAUCAUUUCAUUGUAAUGGGAGUAACAGUGAUUGAAUUCACUGCACACCCACCAGAAAGAAACCUUGCUAGUUAUAAAGCACUGCACUAGCUUGAAAAAGCCUUUCUGCAGUUCAUUUUUUGAAAGACAAAGCGUGCUUCUCCAGCACCAUCUCCAUCUCCAUGGAUUUGAAUGGCUCUGCUGGUCCUGCAGUGGAGAAUUAUUCUCAGAACUUUUUAACCGUGCCCCCAUCUCUUAAUAGUGCUCAGCUGAUUCAUCUUGGUGUCACCUUUGCUAGUGCAAUGUAAUUUUUUGUUAUCUUGUCUAUAUUGUUAAACAUUAAACUUAGCUAUCAGGGUGUGUUUGUGCGGCCUAUAAAUAGAACUACGGAACGAUCUAUGCUUAGACAGAUACUAGUGUGGAUUAGAUUGAGUAUCUUGUUGAUACAUAGAAUCAAGAGACUUAUAUUUAACUAAGAGUGCAUGUUUGAUUUGUGGGGAGUAGAUAAACAUAGCAAUUUACGUGUUGGGAAAUGCAAGUUUACAUUAGCUUGAGCAUCUUGUCAAUACUAGGUUAAUCAAAAGAUGUAUUCACCUUUAUCUAUAAGGGACUUAUUUGAUUGGUGGUGUGAGUAGAAAGUUCAUUACUUGUGGCGUUCACCUUCCUCUAUUGGUUGCCCUUCUACCUUCGCCACACUGUCAUCCGCAUAGCAAAUCCUUGACGGAAGAGAGUCAAAAGUUUGAUAUUAUGCAUGGGUUAAUCGCACUGCCACUCGCCUGUUGCGUUUUAUUUGCAUUUCGUGCGAUUUGAUGGGGCGAAAGUAGUUGAGUUCUCAAUUGUUUGUUGGUAAAGAGAAGAACUAUUAGUAACAUGUCUGCAAAUAGGAGUUGGAUGUAUGCUAGGCUUAAGGAUGGACUUUUGAAUCCCAAUUUCUUGCAAGGAAUAAAUGAGUUCAUCGAUUUCGCAAAAAUGCAUCCAGAAUGUAUGGAUGGUAUCAAAAUUAAGUGCCCAUGUAAUCAUCGCAAGUGCCAAAAUCGAGCUUUUCACAUGGAAGACACCGUUAGAUAUCAUCUUAUGAAGUAUGGAUUUGUACCGUACUACUAUUUGUGGGUUCUCCAUGGAGAACCUUCUAUAUCUGAUAGUAGUACUCAUGGACAAGACGUGGGAAAUGAAUCAGUUUUGGGUGUUGAACCACUAUCGCAAAAUCUAUGCCAACAAAUGGUCAUGGACGUUGCAGGUCCUGAUUUCUCUCGUACUAACACAGAGGAACCUCCAAAUGCAGUGGCUCAAAAAUUGUUUGAAAUGCUAAUAGCUGCUAAUCAGGAGGCGUGGCUAGGUUGUGAAAAUCAUUCACAAUUAUCGGCUGUUGCAAGAAUGUUAAACAUAAAAGCAGAACAUCAUUUGACAGAGAGAUGCUUUGAUGACUUUUGCCAGUUUUUGAAAGAAUUAUUACCGACUGAUAAUGUAAUGCCAGAUAACUUCUACAACACAAAGAAGUUAGUUCAAGGAUUGGGCCUACCAGUUGAGAAGAUUCAUUGUUGUCCUAAUGGGUGCAUGAUAUACUGGGGAGAAGACAGUGAAUUAAUGAGUUGCAAACUUUGUGACUUUCCUAGAUAUAAGCAGCGAAGAGUUGGUUCAUCUAAAAAUAAAAAAAAUAUCCCAUACAAGAAGAUGUACUACUUUCCUUUAACCCCAAGGCUACAAAGAUUGUAUGCAUCAAAUGUGAUAGCAAAAGAAAUGAGAUGGCAUGCAGAACAUGAGCCAGAAGAAGGGGUUAUGCGUCAUUGUUCUGAUAGCCCUGCGUGGAAGCAUUUCAAUAGUACCCAUCUUUCAUUUGCAUUAGAAAAAUCGAAAAUGUAA